AUGAUCGGCGACGACCAAGACGUCCAAGACGAACAAAUGCACGAGAAUCCGUCCUCUGGUGAGUUUUUUGAGUCCGUCUGCUAGGUUUUAGGUUUUUUUUUCGAUUCUUUCCCAUCUGCACGUUUUUCAGUAAGUUUCUAUUGAAAAUCGUAAUAAUCAUGUUUUACAAGGUUUCAUAUUUCCCUUAAUCUGUCUGAUUUGAUUAAAAAAUUAAAAUUCAUGCCUAAAAAACUCAAAAAGCGAUAUUUCAGGACAGGGUGAAGAAAUUGGCGACGAAGCGCCAGUUCCAAUUGAAAAUGAGCCGGAAGAAGUGGGAGAAACGGUGAGAGAAGAAGAAGAAGAGGUAGCGAAAGAGGAAGAGAAAGAAGAAGAAGAAGAAGAAAGAACAGAGGAUCGGAACGAGAGUUUGAAAUCGUCGGAAGGAGGUGGAGCCACGGGAGAAGAAGCGGAAGAAGAAGCGGAAGAGCGAGCGCCGGAGCCAAUGGAAGAGGGAGAGAAGGAGAAGACGCCGGUGGAAGAGGAAGAAGAAAUGGAACGGAAUGAAAAUGAGCAAAAGGAACGGGAAGAGGACGAGUCUCCGCUCGAGCCCACUCUCCUCGGCAUCGCCAUCGAUUCGCUCAUGAUGAACUGGUACUCUACUGAUUUUAUCUUGAAGGCCUAGACUUUUGACCAAAUAAUCCUAUCGGAUCUAAACCUUGCAGGCUUUUUAGACUUGGAUUGAAGUAUCUUGGGUCCAAGUUUCAAACCGAUCGGAUCAUCUGGUCCCGAGAUAUACUCGUUUAAGGCCGAAAGGGCCGGGUUAUUGAGAAAAUUGCAACCAGGACCAGAUAAUCCGAUCGCGGUGAAACUUUGUUCCAAAAUGCUUCAUGCAAGCCAAUAAGCCAAUAAAGUUUGGGUUCGAGCAGAUUAUUGCAAGUAGGUCAAAAGUCCAGGCCUCGGCAGGUCUUCGGAACGCCUGGACCGGGCCAGUCAUGGAAAAACCCCUAAAAUGGCUAUUUUUGAAGGUGUCAGCUGCUGUCGACUGUCACUGUGAAGGCGCCGGUGCCGCCAUGUCCGACUCCGGAUCACGUGAAGGAAGUGGCCGAAGUGUGCAGUAAACAUGUACGUUUUUGAGACAAGUUGUGAAUUUGUAAUUGAAAUGGCGAGAUUAUUCGCAUUUUCCAACCGCAGAAUUGGCUGAAAUGCAAGAAUUGGAAUUUUUCGCGAAAAUUCAAAUCUCCCCCAAAACCCGCCAAUUUUGCAGUUCCGUGACUCGUCGGUCGACGUGACCAACGAAUUCUCUCGUCUCGGCGUGCAAUGGGAAAUGGAGCAGGCGAGCGAGCAGUUCAUGAUAGAGGAGGCCGAUUUGGACGACGUGAUCGCGCGGCAGAAGGUGCUCAUCGAAACGGUCACCGAGGCGCUCGAGAUCCGCGUCGCCCGGUACAGGGAACAGUUUCCGGACGCCGGAAAACACUUUACCACUUGA